CCAGCGAGGGGAACCUGUUAAAGUGCAGUCAGCUACACGUGGAGACUUCUACUCUACGUGUACAGACCACUGACAUGGUUUAUGAAUGAAUUUUGAUUUUUUUUUUGAGUUCUUGAGUUUGUGGGAAUCUAAUCUUAGUGUCCAAGAUGGCUCCAAAGAAGGGAAAAGGGGACUCACCCAAGCCACCACCCAUCAUUGGAAGAUUUGGAACUUCUCUGAAGAUCGGAGUGGUCGGCUUGCCUAAUGUUGGGAAGUCAACCUUUUUCAAUGUGCUGACAAAGAGCCAGGCUGCGGCAGAAAAUUUCCCCUUCUGCACCAUUGACCCAAAUGAAAGCAGAGUGCCCAUUCCAGAUGAACGCUAUGAUUUCCUCUGCCAAUUCCACAAACCUGCCAGUAAGGUCCCAGCCUUCUUGAACGUUGUUGACAUCGCUGGCCUGGUGAAAGGAGCUCAUGCAGGACAAGGUCUGGGCAAUGCCUUCCUGUCCCACAUCAGCGCUUGUGAUGGCAUCUUCCACAUGACACGUGCAUUUGAAGAUGAGGAUAUCAUUCAUGUGGAGGGGACAGUGGACCCGGUGAGAGACAUGGAGAUCAUUCACGAGGAGUUAAGGCUAAAGGACGAGGAGCUGAUCACCCCCAUUAUCGACAAGCUGGAGAAAACGGCCAUCAGAGGAGGUGACAAGAAGCUCAAGCCAGAAUAUGACAUUAUGUGCAAAAUCAAGAGCUGGGUAGUGGAUGAAAAGAAAAAUGUCCGCUACAAUCAUGAUUGGAACGACAAGGAGAUCGAAGUGCUGAACAAAUACUUGUUUUUGACAUCCAAACCCAUGAUUUACCUGGUUAACCUCUCGGAGAAAGACUACAUAAGGAGGAAGAACAAAUGGUUGGUGAAAAUCAAGGAGUGGGUGGACAGUCACGACCCUGGUGCACUGGUCAUUCCCUUUAGCGGCGGUUUGGAGAGUCAGCUACAGGACAUGACGGAACAGGAGAGCCAGGACUACUGCUCAGAGCACAAGACGCAGAGUGCUCUGAGUAAGAUCAUCAAGACGGGCUACGCAGCAUUGCAGCUUGAGUACUUCUUCACGGCAGGCCCAGACGAGGUGCGGGCCUGGACUAUACGGAAAGGAACCAAGGCUCCACAGGCUGCGGGGAAGAUCCACACCGACUUUGAGAAGGGCUUCAUUAUGGCCGAAGUAAUGAAAUUCCAGGAUUUUAAAGAGGAAGGCAGUGAGAACGCUGUCAAGGCAGCCGGCAAGUACAGACAACAGGGCCGCAACUAUAUCGUGGAAGAUGGCGACAUCAUCUUUUUCAAAUUCAACGCACCCAAUGCUCCCAAGAAGAAGUGACAGAGACAGACCCAUUCUACCUUUUUAUUAUUCCUACACGUCACACCUCUUCUGUACUCUGUAUUUCAGUAUUUGUCUACAAUAACUACUUUUUGCACCCACCCUUGUACAUCUCAUAUAAUAUCUGACAGGACCCCCCCCCCUUAUUCCCAGUCCCCACUCUAGUAUUUGAAGCAGCAUAUUACUCUCCAGAUACUUCAUUAAUCUCCAUCACAGUUGCCAGCGGGUGACACAGCUGACAGUGGGGACAAAGGCACCUGCUCCUCCAGCCCGCGCCGCUAGAUAAUACGUGUUUUACAGUAGCCCAGAUGUCGGCACUCAAUAAAACAUUUGACAAAAAAGGCGAUUUGGUUGUGUUGUGGGAUGUCUGUAUCGAGUGGGGGACGGAGAUAGCGCCUCUGCCCAGCGCUGAUUAGAGAAUUAAAAAGACACAGCUGACAUUGACUGCAGUGAACGCAGAGGGGACACAAUCACAGUGUAAUGUGUUAAGUGUAGGCUGAUUUUAGAAGGGCAUAUGCACAGAGCAGGUGUGAGGGGCUGUGCGCUGGGCAGUGUGGUGAUAUGUGCAGAGGCUGGGUUACACAUGAAGCUACAAGUUGUAACUAAGGAAACAUUCAAUUGAAUUUACACGUUCAAAUUAGAGCAUCUGUAUUUAUAAAUUGGGUAGUGUAUAAAGUCUGGAAUUUCUGUCUUUUAU